GAGGGCUGCGGGUGUUACUCUAAAAGCCACCCUCCGUUUCCACGCCGGAAGUUGCAACUCUCGCUGCGGAAGAGGCGCGACCUCGGAGUCGCUAUGUCCAUGAACAGCAUGUCGGACCCACGGAGACCGAACAAAGUGCUGAGGUACAAGCCACCGCCGAGCGAGUGUAACCCCGCCUUGGACGACCCGACGCCGGACUACAUGAAUCUGCUGGGCAUGAUCUUCAGCAUGUGCGGCCUCAUGCUCAAGCUGAAGUGGUGCGCUUGGGUGGCCGUCUACUGCUCCUUCAUCAGCUUCGCCAACUCCCGGAGCUCUGAGGACACUAAGCAGAUGAUGAGUAGCUUCAUGCUGUCCAUCUCCGCCGUGGUGAUGUCGUAUCUGCAGAACCCUCAGCCCAUGACGCCCCCCUGGUGAUGUCAGCCUAGAGGGUUACAUCCUGGACCCCUCUCUCUGCCUUCCCCCAGGCCUGGCCCUUGGCUGCUCAGCCUCCUGCCCUCAGCUGCUGACCUGGGCUUCUCUGGGUGAGGUAGUCUCAGGGCCCGCAGCUGGAUGGGGGAGCCUGGGCCUUUCCCUGGGAUCCCACUUCUGCUGGGGCAGAGAGGGGAUACCCUGGGCCCACCCGUCCUGCCUCUCUUCCCCACCCUGCCUGCUGCUGGGCGAGAUGCUGUCCAUGUUUCUAGGUGUAUCCACUCGUUUUCUUGUUGAAACCAGUUAAUAAUAAAGUUUUGCAUUCUG